CUCAGGGCUAUGAAUGCUAUGUGGAGAGUAGCGAUGUCGGAAGAGGUUGGUAAGAAGAUGCAGGCGGUGGUGGAUCGUGUAAAUUUGGCAGUCACCCGACGACCAAAGAUGCAGCUUCAUCUGGCCUGAUGUGUCUUUCUCCCCAAACCCAACACCCAGCUGGAGAAGGUGAGCAGAUAAUGUUGACAACCUCACCAGAGACAUUACCAUGCAUUGCACCUAGGUUAGUUGCUGUAAGUAAAACUAAGCCUCCAGACAUGGUAGUUGAGGCAUAUAAACAUGGGCAACGCAACUUUGGAGAGAAUUAUGUAAAUGAGCUUGUGGAGAAAGCCUCUCACCCUCUGAUUUUGACAUCAUGCCCUGAAAUUAAAUGGCAUUUCAUUGGACAUCUACAGAAGGGCAAUGUAAAUAAACUCCUAGGUGUUCCAAACCUUUACAUGGUCGAGACAAUCGACUCUGUAAAACUGGCUGACAAAGUUAACAGCUCAUGGCAGAAGUUACGAUCUUCUAACACCCAGGGGUUGAAGGUCAUGAUUCAGAUCAACACCAGCGGCGAGGAAAGUAAACAUGGCGUGCAUCCUGAUGAAACUGUUAAUACAGUUAUGCACAUUGUAACUAAUUGUCCUGCUCUGAAUUUCUCUGGACUCAUGACUAUUGGUCGUUAUGGUUAUGAUCUCAGUGAAGGCCCCAAUCCAGAUUUCCAGAUCCUGCUAAAACGUCGUCAAGAGGUUUGUGAGAGCCUGAACUUUCCAGUGGAACAGGUUGAGCUCAGUAUGGGCAUGUCCACAGACUUUGAACAUGCAAUUGAGGUAGGCUCCACUAAUAUCCGUGUUGGUAGCACCAUUUUUGGAACACGGGAAUAUCCAAACACUCCAAGCCCCAGCCCAGAAAAAAAAUCAGAGGUCACAUCUGAGGAAGCAGCAAAGAAGAUGGAGUAUCUUUCUGUAAAAGAUCAUUAAAUAAUAGAACCAGAUAUAGACAUCCAACCCUAAUAACAAGAUUUAACUUAGGAAAGGUUCAGGCAGAAAUGCUAAGGGUAAGUUAACUCCUAUUAGGCAUACGUUUGUCCAUUUUCUAACAAUUUUCUUAUGUUUACCAUUAACAUAUAUUAGAUCAAAGUUUUAUUGAAAAAAUAUUUUGCAUUUCUUACCUCAUCUAUAAACAAAGUAUAUCUUAUAGUUUUUGAUAUAAGUAUGAUGAGUGAAUUGGAGCGUUUUCUGUCUGCAGACAACUUUCUCUGUCUUUCAGUAUGAUACGUUGAUUUAAAAAAAAGUGUUGAUGUUGAUGCACAUGUAUUGUGUAAGUAAUUGUGCCUGUUGCUGUGAAAGCUGUUUUAAAGGAAGUAGUAUUUUCUGUUAUUCAAAAAAAUUUACUUUAAAACAGAAAAUUAAAAGGACAAGUUUCAGGAAAAUGUUGGAUGUGUGUGGUUCAGAACUCUAACUUUUGUUAAUUGUUGUAUGAUAUUUUAUUUCGAUUAAACCAUACAAUAAUUAUUUAAAAAAAGAACUAUUUCCUGUUUACAAUCAAUCAAAAGAUAAAUGAAAAAUGCUAGUUUUUCUUCCAACUUACCCAGUGUCCUAAAGUAAGGUGCAUUGAUUAAACAAUAAAAGUAUGCUAAAGAAAAUUUAAAGGCACUGUCGAGUUAUCUGGGAUUUUGCACAUCAGCCUCUGCUUCAAACUCGAAAAAA